GAGCGGUGCAACCAAAUGGGUUGCAGUGAUGCAGGCGCGGCGUCGCGACGCCAAAGUCGCGGUUUCGAUUGCGCGUGGCGCUCCCGCUCGAUAUCCGCUGCGGCGAAAUCGGUCAUCUGGUUUCGCCGCCGUGGCAGACGUCGUCGUGCCGACGGUGGUGGCGGCCGCGACGGUGGUAGUGGUGGGAACAGCCUCCGUUUUAUUUCUGUCACGGCCCCGUUGGGGCCGAUCUCGGUGAGUGCGUUUCUUUUCGCGAGUCUCUCUCGCGUAUACGAAGACCGUCAAACGACAACGACAACGACGACUACGACGACAGAGGCGACGGCGACAAAGAGUCGCGCGAUGGAGGACAGUUACAUGAUACACAGACGUCGCAAGGCGUUUGCCAGGAAGCGUGAGAAGACGCCCGAUCCCUCGUCAAGGGGUGCCGCAUCACGCAUGGACGCUUCGGACGAUGAGGACGAGGAGAGGCGUGCCAAAAUGGAGAGGAUGGCCGAGGAAACGGAGAAACUGGAGCACCAACAAAAGGAAAAUAGACUGUCACAGCAGCUGAAGCAGGAGGCGCACUUGAAAGAUACGGAGAACAAAGACAAGAAAGGGGAAAACCGGGAGCUUCGUCCCGCUAGAAGGAAGGAUAGGACUGACGCGAGGAAUUCCGCGAAUGUGGAUGACAUGAUCGCAAUUCGCGCCGAGGUGGCCGCCAAGUCGGCUGGGAAUAGUUCGAAGACACGUGAAAAUGACGUUGCAUCUGCUGAUGACAACAACACGCGACCGGUAAAGCAAGUAAUUGAAGUAGCGAAGAGGCUUGAUGAUGAUAUUACCAGGAAAGACGUCAUCAGACCUGAAGUUGUUCAGGCGGUCAAGGAUAGUGCUGUCCAUGAAUUCCAUGACACGUCAAAGACAUCGGAGGCGCCAAAAGAGACGAGGGAGGAGACCGACAGGCCCGUCGAAAUUCGCAAAAUCGAAAGACGACUUAAAAGAAAGUCGAAGGAACGUGUGGAGAGAUACAGCCGAUCAACGGAUUCCAGCGACGUGGAUGAUAAGAGCGAGUCGAAUCGAAGGCGGACGAAAUCGCCGGAGGCAAUCAGAUCCAGGGUGAAAAAGACGAGCGGAAGGAGUCGGGUCAGUGAUCCGGAAGCGCUGAAAAGGGACGCCGAGAGAUCUAAUCGAGAGAAGAGAUCAUCGAGUCGACCGAAGCUGGAGGACGAGCAACGGAUGAGAGAUGACUCCGCGUCACGUUCGAGACCUUACAGUCAGGCCGAGGACACGGACGAGGAUCCGAAACUCGUGAAGAAGAGCGAGAAUUUUUCAAAGAAAUCUGCCGAGGAACGGAUGGUGAAGAGGUCCUCGAUCGAGAUAAGGAAGCAGAUCAUUCCGCUGAGCAAUGAAAGCCUGAUCGAGGAUUUCGCGAGGGCUCAGAGAGACUACCUGCUAAGGGAACGUAACAUUCUGGACCCGGAAGUCGUGGACGAGUUUCAGGACACGGUUGAGGUUGGUUCCUUGAGAAGAAGGAGAAAGUUCAGUCUGGAGUACCGCGACAGCGAGCAAGAAGACACCGUUGAGAACGUAACGCAGUCUUCCGAUGUAGCUGACAAGAAAAAAUCAUGGUUCUCUUGGUUGUCCUUCUGGCGCAGGAGCGCCGAAAAGGAGAAGAAUGAAGAUACCGAAGAGAAGAAUAUUGAGGACAAACCGGAGCCCGUUCCGAAAGUCGAGGAGAUCAAAGUGGAGAAGCUAGAAGUAGAGAGAAUUACACUAUUGGACUUCUUUAGAGCCCUCGGAGACAUCGUCAGCGAAUUCAAGACUUUCGUGGCGCAGAAUCCACGUGAGACCACGAUCAUCAGGCGGCUACGUAAUCGUUGCAUAGCCGAGUUGUUGCUCGUGUUGAUCUACUGCGGCCUCGGCGGUUUCAUCUUCCGUUUUAUCGAGGGCGCCUUCGAAACAUUCUACAAAUGCGGCGUGAAGCGCGUGAAGCGCGACUUCCUAGAUACCUUGUGGAAUUACAGUCACAAUUUGAGGGAGGACGACUGGAAGAGUAUGGCGCGCAGGAAGCUGAUGGAAUUCGAGGAGCAACUUCAUACAGCUCACGAAGCUGGUCUACAUACGUACAGCGGUCAAAAGAGUUGGACUUUUCUGAACGCGGUCGUGUACUGUCUCACUGUCAUCACCACCAUUGGAUAUGGACAUAUUUCGCCAAGCACGGACGCGGGAAGAGCUAUUACGAUUGUAUACGCCAUUUUCGGCAUCCCGAUGUUUCUCAUCAUUUUGGCCGACUUUGGUAAAUUAUUUACGCGCGGUAUAAAGUUCCUGUGGGCAUUCGUGAGGAGGCUGUACUACACUGGCAGUUGCCGCAAAGUCCGUCGCACUGUACCCGUUCAGGAAAUGAUGAAAGGCGUGCAACUCGUUUACGAUCUCGCGAAAUUCCGUCGGCCCUCGCAAAUGAAUCCAGAGGAAAUCGAGGAGAUUCAGAGGCAGCAGGCCCAGCAGCCGCAGACAGUCUUGAAUAUGGACGCCAACUUGCCGGACACGCCGGGUACGCCGACAUUGUCGACGUUCGCCGUCGAUGACGAGUUCAAUCUACCGAUUUCGGUGGCGAUCGUUAUUCUCCUGGCUUAUAUCUUCAUAGGAGCCACGGCAUACACCUGGUGGGAGCCCUGGAACUUCUUCGAGAGCUUCUACUUCGUGUUCAUCUCCAUGAGCACUAUCGGUUUUGGCGAUUACGUGCCAUCGAUGAAUCCCAUAUUCAUGGUGUUUUCGAUAGUAUACCUGGUAUUCGGCCUGGCACUCACAUCCAUGUGCAUCAACGUCGUACAGGUGAUGCUCUCGGAUUCGUUCAAGCAGGCGAGCCAUAAGAUCGGAGCCACAAUCGGUUUCGAGGUCGCCGAGGAUGACAACUCGGUGAAACCGGCGCCGCCACCGCCGGUUGAGGUCGCGGACGUCCAUAUGAGCUCGAAGGAGUCUGAGAGCGGCCAGAAGAUUGCGCCUAAGGCCAAGCAGGAGGACGUCGACUUAUAGAUGCAUUUCUUUCGGGAGGAACUUUUACGCGUCUCGAUCGAGCGCUCACUCGAACUCUUUUUUUGAAAUGCGUCGUUUGCCUCUAUCUCUUUCUCUUGUUAUCUGGCCUUAAAAGAAUAAUUGUCCGUUGGCUUAUGCAACGCAGCAGUGAUACAUGAUAAUUAUUGCGGCACACGCAUACAAUUAAUUCAAGCUUCGAAGGAUAAUGGCUGUCGGGAUCGUCUUGGACCUGAGACCCGCAGAAAAAUGCGAAAACAGUCGACUUUGGGAUCUUUGACGCUUUCCAAGAUUGAGUUUGUGUGUUGUGAAUUUUGAUCGGGUCUAAUUAAUCUGUCUCAUGGGACUCAAUACUUUUAAGUUGGAUUGUGAAUAUCCAAGUUUCUCUUCGUCGACGCAAAGACGAUCCCGAUCGUCUCGGCGGCGCUAGCAGAAAAAUCUUCAAAGCACUGCACGUCCGUUUGUCCGUUGAAAUUGCAUUCGAAUGUACAUGUAUUUUCGAAAAGCGUAAAAGUGCAAACUGGUGAUUUUACGGAAACUGGAGAUCUAAUCGCGUUUGCCAUCGCGAUCGAUGAAUCCCCGAAGAGAUGGGGCUCCAGACAAUGAGACAAAAUUCAUGUGUAAAAUUUUUGAAAUUCGUUUGUGGACAAUUCAACGAAGACCUCGAAAUGAAUUUAUUCGAAAUAAUACGCACAAUUGUAAUCAAAUCGCGUCUUAUCGGGCGAGUUUGCUCCGUAAACUGGCAAUUCUAAAAGAAAGGAUCUUUGAUAAGAGAUCAUGCCAAUAAUGCAGCAGUGGAAUACUAUGUUUAGUAACUGUUUCUUAAUUAAUUUGAUUUUGUAACUUUGGACGUAAAUUUAAAAAUACAAGAGAACAAUUUUUUAAAAGAAUUUCAUGAUAUAUUUUAUAAAAUGCAUAUUUACAAAUGUUUAAUGAAAUUUUAUAAUUAAUAUCAUACAAUCGUACAAAAAUAUAUUUUUUUCUACUUUUUCUUAUGUUCAUACAUUAUUCCACAAAAUUAUUGGCAAAUUUUUCCAAUUUAUGGUUAAUCAAACGUUAAACGCCGUUACAGCGAUAUCUCCAGUGAUAAUAAUAUUAGGUACAAUGGACUGUGAGAACUUAUUUUUGUUAAAAUAGUACAUCGAACAAACAAAGAAAACAUCGCUAUUUCGCUCUUGCCAAAUCCUCGCGAGUAACAAUACAUCUCGCGAUUUAUUUUUCGUAGUCUAGCGUCUAUUGACAAUAAAUAUAAGGAAAAAAUAUGAUAUUUUAUAAAUUCUAUAGAGGUAAUCGCGUAAUUUUGCGAUUUUUUUCUUCUAAGUUGACUUUUGUAUGUUCACGAGAUACAAAAUUCGCAAGGAGAUUCACUUUAAAAGUUUAUCUUCGAUUUGCGAAUUUUAAUCGUUUAUCUGCGAUAAAUUCUGAUUUCAACCACUGAGAUUGUAAAAAGAAAGUAAUAUUCUAAUAUCCUUACGAUAUCCUCAUAUAAAAAAAGCAUUGUUCUUUCUAUAUAAAUUAUGUGUGUUAAUUCAGUGUGACGUGUCAUCCCUACACUCACAUUUAGAAAAAUAAAUUUAAAUUAAAAAAUUAUGUUAAAAAAUGAUUAAAAAUGACAUUUAUUGUAUAUGCAUUAAAUUAAUUUAAUUAAUUUUUAAAGUAAAAUUAAUAUACAAAAAAGUUUGAAGUUUGUUAAUCCUAAUUUUGAAAAUUAAACAUUCAAAAUUUUAUAAAAUAACAAUUUUUUAAGUAAUUGUUAUAAAUAAGUCGUUAGGAUGUAAUUGUAAUAAUAAAGGAAUUAAAUCUACGGGUGAGCUUCGAUUUUUACAAUGGAGACAAAACACUCAUGCCUUUUUAAAGAUGAGAUUAUUUUUGUUAAACUCUACAGUAAUUAUAUGACAAAGAUUCUUGUGUGAUAUAGUUUAUCUAUAAUUAAAAUACACACACAUACACACACACACACACAUUGUUAUUCAGCAGGAUAUUACUUUCUUCUAUAUGUUAAAAAAAAGCAAACGGUUUGAUAAAUGUAUACCAUUCUCGCAUCAUUUUAAUACUCGUUGAAAUUUAAGUCACUAUAAUUAGAUAUAUUAAUACUGUAAUUAUUAUUUAUCGAAUUUACCUACAAAUAAAUGUUUAAGACAGUCUACACAAUCAGA